GUCUGUGGCCUUGCACCUGUAGGAACGGAAAUCCGGCUGCUGGGAAGGAGGGGCUGGAAAUUGUGUGGGACUGAGCGGAGUAUAAAGCAGCACUCGUCGGUCACCUGGACUGAAUCAUACCGAUCAUGGCGAUGAAACUGCUGACCUUGGGCCUUGCCCUGGCGAGUGCCUCGUAUGCCCACAUCGUCGGCACGCGAACCAACGCGGGGAGCAGUGCUAGCUCUGUGCUCGCCCCUGUGCAGUCACCUACCGUGUACAUCGACACCUACGAGAGCACGGUACAGGGCAACCGAUCGCAGUAUAUCUCCUCGGUCUACAACUUCAAGGCAAUCCCGUUUGCCUCCGCCCCAACUGGAGCCUAUCGAUGGCGCCAUCCGCAGCAUGUCGCCGGGUGGACGGGGAUUCGAGAUGCCACCGAGUUUGCUCCGGACUGUCCCCAGCCUGGGUCCAGCUACUACAGCGAGGACUGUCUGUACCUCAACAUCUGGACACCCGACACGGCCAGCCUCAACGAUGUGCAGAACAACACCGAGACUGGCAUCGGCGUGGUUCCCUCCGCGACCGGAAGCAAACUCCCCGUCUAUGUCUGGUUCUACGGCGGCCGCUUCGGCUCCGGCUCGAGCAGCCAGGCCUUGUAUGACGGAGCCGGACUGGCCUCGAAGGGUCUCGUUGUGGUGACAGUGAAUUACCGACUGGGAGCGCUAGGGUUUCUGGCCCACCCAGAACUGAGCAAUAGCUCGGCGAGCGGAACGUCGGGCAACUAUGGACUGGUCGACCAGCAAGCAGCACUGCACUGGACUAACGAGAACAUUGCCUCCUUUGGUGGUGAUCCUACCCGCAUCACCAUCGGCGGACAGUCGGCGGGCGCUGCCGCGGUGCUCGACCAUCUCAAUAGUGCGCUCGCCGACGGGCUGUUCGAGCAGGUGAUUGCCGAGAGCGGCGCCACCUACCCAUCCAAUCCUCUAAUUGAAGGUGUGGCCGAAGGAUAUCGGCAGCUCAAGACUGCUGAGACGCAGGGGGUAGCGUAUCUGACCAGUCUCAAUCUGAGCAGCAUCGCUGCGGCCCGCGCCGCCGCCGUCGAGGUCUUUCUGCCCGGGGCCGACGCGAACGAUGUCACCUACGCCCAGACCGUAUUUGCCAAUAACUCUGUCUACGCGGAGCCCCCGUUGUUCCGCCCGGUAUUGGACGGCUAUGUCCUCCCCGCCACCUACCAGGAGAUGCUGCAACAAGGCAAUCAUACGAUUGCUGCGGUGUUGACCGGCGGGAACAAAGACGAAAACGGUGCCUCUCCCAACCCCGGGCUGACGGUAGAGAGCUAUACGAGCCAGAACCGCUACGAAUUCGGCAGCGUCGGGCUAGCGGACGAGUUCUUCCAGCUGUAUCCGGCCGGCAACAGUAACCAGAGCGCCGACACGGCCAGCAACACCUUUUACCAGGACCAGACACGUAUCUCUGUCUGGCAAUGGGCCAACGAGUAUCAGGCCGGCGUUGCGCUCAACACCUCGGGCAACAGCACCGUUCAGACUUACACCUAUUACUGGACCCAUGCGCCUCCGGGCCAAGAUCAGGGCGCGUACCAUAUGAGCGAGAUCAAUUAUGCGUUCAAUAACCUGUACGCUACUGACAAGCCCUGGCAGCCCGAGGACUAUGCCAUCGCCGACCGGCUUUCCGACUAUUGGGUGAAUUUCAUCCGCUCCGGAGAUCCCAAUGGCCCGGGCUUGCCAAACUGGCCGGCCAAUGUUGCCACCAAUCCGGUGAUCAUGGAGGUGGGCGAUUCCUGGGAGACGGUUGAAGUUGCUUCUGCUGAGAAGCGGUCCUUUAUGAGCAAGUGGUUUUCCAAGUGGCCGGUUUACUGAGCGGAAAUGGGGCGCUGGGAUACCUCGCCGUGGCUUGUACGAAACGCAAAACAAUAUUAUUGCGAUUUGGGUCGAUGCUAGCCUGUCUCAAAUAGUUCUCUCUAAUAUCCA